UCCAACAGCAACGACUUCAGCUACCCCUACCCCACCAAACCUGCUGCUAUCAAGAGCCACUAUGCGGAUAUUGAUCCAGAAAACCAAAAUUUCUUGCUGGACUCCAAUCUCGGCAAGAAGAAAUAUGAGACGCAGUAUCAUCCGGGUACUACUUCCUUUGGAAUGUCAGUAUUUAACCUGAGCAAUGCUAUUGUGGGUAGUGGCAUCCUGGGUCUUUCUUUUGCCAUGGCUAACACUGGAAUUGCUCUUUUUGUGAUACUCCUGCUGUUUGUGUCAGUAUUUUCUUUGUAUUCAGUGCAUCUUCUUUUGAAGACUGCCAAUGAAGGAGGAUCUUUAUUGUAUGAACAGUUGGGAAUGAAGGCCUUUGGUAUGGCUGGAAAACUUGCUGCUUCUGGAUCAAUUACAAUGCAGAACAUUGGAGCUAUGUCAAGCUACCUCUUCAUAGUGAAAUAUGAGUUACCAUUGGUCAUCAAGACAUUUAUGAACAUCGAAGAGACCACAGGAGAAUGGUAUCUUAAUGGUGACUAUUUAGUGCUGCUGGUGUCUGUCUUCCUCAUUCUUCCCUUGUCCUUACUGAAAAAUUUAGGGUAUUUGGGCUAUACCAGUGGCUUUUCCUUACUUUGCAUGGUCUUCUUUCUGAUUGUUGUAAUCUGGAAGAUGUUUCAGAUUCCUUGUCCUAUGGACAGUGACAUCAUGAACAUGACACUAAUAAAUGCAACCAUGGCACCUUUCAUAGGUGAAAACAUAACAAGUGAUGAUAUGUGCAAACCAAAAUAUUUCAUCUUCAAUUCACAGACUGUCUAUGCUGUCCCAAUCCUAACAUUUUCUUUUGUCUGCCAUCCUGCAAUUCUUCCCAUCUAUGAAGAACUGAAAAGCCGAAGCCGUAAAAGAAUGAUGAGUGUGUCCUAUGUAUCUUUUUUUGCCAUGUUCCUCAUGUAUUUAUUGGCUGCUCUCUUUGGAUACCUGACAUUUUAUGGAAAUGUCGAACCAGAACUGCUUCAUACCUACUCUGCUUAUCUGGGUGCUGAUGUUCUCCUCCUGAUUGUGCGUCUCGCAGUUCUUAUGGCUGUAACCCUUACUGUACCUGUAGUUAUUUUCCCAAUCCGCAGUUCCAUUACACAGCUGUUAUGGGCAGGGAAGGAGUUCAGAUGGUGGCGUCACUGUGCCAUUACAGUUGCUGUUCUGGCAUUUACCAACGUGCUUGUUAUCUUUGUCCCUACUAUUAGAGACAUCUUUGGAUUUAUUGGUGCAUCUGCAGCUGCCAUGCUGAUCUUUAUACUUCCUUCUGCCUUCUACAUCAAAUUAGUGAAGAAGGAACCAAUGAAGUCUGUGCAAAAGAUUGGGGCUGCAUUCUUCUGUCUAAGUGGUAUCAUUGUGAUGACUGGGUGUAUGACACUGAUUAUUCUAGACUGGACCCAGAAUGUUCCAUCCGAUGGCCAUUAACUGCCCUGGUUUAAUCUCUAACACUCCACUUCAAAUGCCAGUGUUCACUCAGAUACCUGCUGAGAACGAAAAUGAGCUAUUCAGCUUCCUUUAAAAGGCAGAUUCUUUGUUGAUGGUUCUUCUGAUUGUAGAAUAUCCAAACUCUGUCUUUAAGAAACUAUUCUGCAUGAUGGAAGUGGAUAUUAACAUCAAACCAUGUGAGUGUCUGGCUGAAGGAAGUGACAACUUUAUUCCAUUCCAGAGAAUGGACAGAACUCUCUGUAGACUUUUAUAAAGCCAUGUUUGGCUUUCGUCAAUGUUACUUGGAUAUUUUGUUAUUUUACUUGAAUGUGCCUAAUGGAACCA